UCAUUCCGAGUGUGUGUGACAGUGUAAUCAUUGUUGGACAGUGUACUACUAGGCCGUGUCUGCUACCAGACAUUUGCAAUUAACUCAUCUAAACGAUGGACAACGCCGGUUUUGUCGACGGGAAAGAGUACCAGGACAUCGAUCUUGGAGAACCAAGUAAGGGAACAAAAGAGCCCGUCAGAGAUGAAAAAGAUGUUCAAUUCCAUAUGGCUAUUAGCGAAGUUGACAAACCAAGCUCUGGUGCGUUGACCAAGGAGGAGUUACUCAAGUAUUCGCAAUCGCACAAUUGGCGAAUGGCCCGAUGGAUUCUACUCAUCAUCCUCUUUAUUUGCUGGUGCUGUAUUCUGGCUGCCGCCAUUACAAUCAUCGUCGUCACUCCCAAGUGUCUUCCGUGGUGGCAGACGUCUGUCAUCUAUCAGAUUUUCCCGCUCUCGUUUCAGGAUUCAAACUCUGAUGGUUUUGGUGACCUGCAAGGCAUCACUGACCGCGCGGAUUACUUGGAGUCUCUUGGUAUCGGUGCCGUCUGGCUUACUUCGAUAUUUUCAUCAGGCGGGAAAGCAUUUGGAUAUGACGUCAUAGAUUAUAAAGCCAUAGAUCCAAAGCUGGGAACGAUGGAUGAUUUUGAAAAAAUGAUUGACACACUUCGCGAAAAAGGAAUUUCUGUUAUUUUGGAUUUCGUGCCAAACCAAUCGAGUGAUAAACACAUGUGGUUCAACGGAAGUAAACUUGAUUCAACCGACGGAACCAGUAACGAAUACGUCAACUAUUACGUCUGGUCCGAUAAGUCAACACCACCCAAUAACUGGUUGAGUACGCACGGAGGACCAGCCUGGACAAAGUCGGACUCAAACAGUAAGAGCUAUCUUCAUCAGAUGUCCUCAUGCCAGCCCGACCUUAACUGGAGGAAUAAAGGCGUCAGGCAGAAAAUGGAGAAUAUUUUGGAGUUUUGGUUGGAAAAUGGAGUCCAUGGUAUGAACAUGCACGGUAUUCAGUUUCUAUAUGAAACCUCAAAACUUGAUCAGAACGAGCCCCCUAACCCCAGCUUUGAUGAGAGUAUCUACAAUGGCACUACCGAGCAAUAUGACAGUUUGAAGCAUUGGUAUACGUCAGAAAACAGUUUAACUCAAGAAUUAUUGGAAGAUUGGAGAAGCGGUAUCUUUGAUCAGUAUUCUACUGCAGGUGGAUACAGGGUGUUAAUGACGGAUUCUGAUAGCAACAUGACCUAUCUUGAGCAGUACUAUGGUACUACCAGUAACAACAAAGCCGAUAUCCCGCAGAACUUCAACCUAGCCCGCCUCACUGGUGAACUGGGCACUAUGGUUACCGGCCUGCAUAUAGCUGAUACGAUAAAAGAAUACAUUGAUGACUUGCCGAGUGGUAAAUGGCCGAACUUUCAGAUUGGAAAUUAUGAAACACGGCGCAUGGCAAGUCGUUUUGGUUCCACGGUCAAUGGGAAUUACUACUCGCGUCCAUUUAACAUGAUGUUACUAACUCUACCCGGUACACCUAUAUGUUACUAUGGAGACGAAAUCGGAAUGGAGGAUAUCGAGUUAGAGUCAACAUAUAACUACCAAGACAUUAGGGCCAUCGAUGAUCCAGACAACUGGAGAAUGAAAACAAGGGAAUAUGAGUUGUCGCCGAUGCAAUGGGAUUCAAGUCCUUAUGCGGGCUUCACUUAUGCUACUCCUACUGGCGGCGGCGCAACACCUUCACCGGUUGUCCCUCCUUGGAUUCCUGUUGGCGAUAACUAUAACACAGUAAAUGUAAAGAAUGAAGAAAAAUUAGAUGGUUCCAUGUUAAGCAUGUUUAAAGCCCUUACCAAACUGCGAUCUGAUAACCGAGCAUUUCAGAGCGACAAUUUCCGGGAUUUUUCGAUACUUCACAGCACCGUGGACGUGGUUGCAUACAUCCGGGAACCAGACGACGACAGUGGCAGUUACCUCACUAUCGUGAAUUUCAGUCAGCUUCCGACCGUUACUGAUCUUCACGAACUUGACGAAAGCAUCCCGAUUCAGGGCCAGGUUGCCGUCAGCACCCAUAUGGACCGAAACGACGAAGUUGUUGAGUUGAACAAAAUUAAAUUGUACGCUGCUGAAGGCCUGGUCAUCAAGAUUUAAUUCUUUGUGCGGCUAGAUAAUUACCUUUUUUUUAGGUGUAAUUAUGCUAUUAAAUAUCCUAUAAUGACUAGUUAGGUACAGGAAAUACAGAUGGUAAUCAACUAUUUUGAAUUAUGCCAAUAAUUGUACGUUGAUAGAUUAACCUAUAUUUACAACGUUUCAGAGGUGCCACACAUAGGCCUAAGAGGACUUUCGGAUGUGAACGUCAUCGUGUCAUACCUUAAUUUGUUAAAUUACAGUGUGAACGGCACCUAAGAUAGAGUAGACACACAUGAGUCACCAUUUUGACCAACAGACAAAUAUCCUUUUUAAUAUUAUAUCAACCAAACUAACUAUAUUUGCAAAUCGGAAUAAAUAAUAUAAUUUUGUGCAU